AUGGAAGAAGAACUAAAUAAAAAUACGCCGGCUUCUCAGGAAGAACGAAGAUUUCAGUGUGAAAUAUGUGGAUUAAACUGUAGCAACAGAAAAGCAUUAAAUCGUCAUUUAAUUUGUCAUUCAAACUUGAAACCACAUAUUUGUGAAACUUGUGGAAAAGCGUUCAAAAGAAGAAGUAAUUUAAAAAUGCAUACACGCAUUCAUACAAAAGAAAAGCCUUACGUUUGUGAAGUUUGUAGUAAAGCAUUCACUGAUAGAAGCACAUUAGCCAUUCACUUACGUACUAAUUUAAAAACUCACUUACGUACGCAUACAAAAGAAAAGCCAUAUGUCUGCGAAGUAUGCGGCAAAGCAUACAGCAAGAAAAGCAAUUUACUGAAACAUUUACGCAGCCAUCCAGAAGAAGAGAUUUAA